AUGGGCUGGAGCAAAAAAAGAAAUAACGAGCUGUUAUUCCCAGUUGCGAAGCUGCAAAAGCAUUUUCCCCCAAUUGAGUGGUGGCAAGGAAAGGAAAUUUUGCACAAAAUUCAGAAAAAAAAUCAAAGAAAAUUCGAGAAAAAUCCAUGUGAUAGUUUAUGGGGGAAAUUCAUCAACUGCUUGAGAAAGUAUCCACAUACUUUUUCGAAGUGUAGAAUAGAAGGCACCAGAUAUCUGCAAUGUUUGUCAUCCAUAAAUCAGACAGAAGAAAUAGAUAAGCCCACGAAUUACAUAAAGGUAUUGGAAUAUUUUAAAAUUUUUAAUGAAACUAGCAGAUUUAAGUACAAGCAGCCCGAGUUGAAGGAUUAUUCCUUUUCCCAAAGUUGGCGCGUUGGUGGAGAAAAAGAUGACACGGGGUGA